UUUUUGGUGGCACCCAGGGGUGUCUGUCCCUUUCCCAGGGGCACCCAGGGGUGCCAGUCUCAUCCUUAGGGAGCACCCAGGGGUGCUGUGCUGGAAUUGGGGGCACCCAGGGGUGCCCAUCCUGUCUCUAGGGGCACCCAGGGGUGCUGGUGCCAGACUCGGGGGGUCACCCAGGGGUGCCUCGUCCCUUCCUCAGGAGCACCCAGGGGUGCUGGUCCCAUUUCUAGGGGCACCCAGGGGUGCCUUGUCCCCUCCCUAGGAGCACCCAGGGGUGCCUGUCCCCUCCCUAGGGGCACCCAGGGGUGCUUGUCCCCUCCCUAGGGGCACCCAGGGGUGACAAAUCCAAAGUUGGGGGCACCCAGGGGUGCCCACCCCCCACCCAGGAGCACCCAGGGGUGCUGUGCCACACAGGGGGACACCAGGGGUGACAAAGCCAGGGAUGUCCUGUCCCCACACCAGGAGGUCCCCAAGAGAUGCCACUUGGACCACUCCCACCUUCCCCAGGGGAGGGAGGGGUCCCAGGAGCACCCAUGGGUGCCUUCCCCACCCCCGGGGGUCCCUGGGUGCCCCUCCCCGACCCCCCCGCCCCGGGCCCGUUCCAGGUCAGAGCCGCGGAUUCGCCUUCGUGGAAUUCCACCACGUGCAGGAGGCGGCGAGAUGGAUGGAGGCCAACCAGGCCGGGCUGACCCUGUUGGGGCACCGCGUGUCCCUGCACUACAGCGACCCCAAACCCAAGAUCAACGAGGACUGGCUCUGUGCCAAGUGUGGGGUGCAGAACUUCAAACGGCGUGAGAAAUGUUUCAAGUGUGGCGUCCCCAAAGCCGGUGAGUGACCCCAAAUCCCUGGAAUUCACCUCAAAACUUUGUGGGAUCCCCGCAGACCUCCCUGAACCACCCCAGAACUUCUUGAACUGCCCCAAAAUUCCCUGAACCGCCCCAAAUCUGCCCCAAAAAUGCCCCAAAACUGCCCCAAAAAUGGCUAUUCUCAACCCAAAACUAUUUGGGUUCUCCCCAACACCC